AUCCAAUUUGUUCAUGGUAAAUGAAGCCAUAGUCCGUUCGAUUGAUGUCGUCAAUAGUGCCAAACGACUGUACGAAACUUUAUUUUGAAUUUUCUCUUCAAAGUGUAGCAACAUGGAUGUUGUGCCCGGAGUAGUCAAAUGCGGUGGUCAUCGAUAUGAGGACGGUACACGAUACAUAGGCGAUUGGAAUCAUAAAGGACAGAAGCACGGAAUGGGACAUUUGCUGUUACCGGACGGAACACGAUACGACGGAGCAUUCAUUAAUGGUUUGUGUUCCGGUCUUGGUGUAAUGCAAUUUUCGGAUGGUGCAAAAUACGAGGGUGAAUUCAUGCAGGGCUGGUUCCACGGUCAUGGUAUAUUUUGGCGUGCUGAUGGCAUGAAAUUUGAAGGUGAAUUUCGCGGCGGACGCAUAUGGGGACUGGGAUUGGUGACGUUCAACGAUCACACGCACGGCUUUCCACGGAACGAGGGAUUCUUUCAGGAUUGUCGUAUGAUUCGAAAGAAAAAGUGUCCGGAUGUGGUUCAACGCUCGCAGAAAAUUGCUUUGAUGGCUCGAGCGCUGUGCGAUCAAGGUGGAAUGUGAAUGCGGGAAAAAUAAAAUUUUAGAAAAUUUUUAUUUGCC